UGCCUGGAACUGCCCCGUGCUGAGCGCAGGAGGGACAGGUCUGGGGAUGAGCUGCCUCUCUGCUCGGGCUGGGCUGCACUGACAACCUCAGUGCUGUGCCUGCUGCUGCUCCCAGCCCAGAACCGACUUGCUGAAGGAUCCUACCCCUCCACAGAGCAAUCAUAAUGACCCAGCUGCAGUUUAAAGAUGCUUUUUGGUGCAAGGAAUUCACCUUCCACACUGGCUACGAGGUCCUCGUACAGCGCCUGUUGGAGGGCAAGAAGAUGUGCAAAGAUGUGGAGGAUUUGCUCAAGCAGAGAGCACAAGCAGAAGAGAGAUAUGGGAAGGAGCUGAUUCAAAUCGCCCGGAAAGCAGGAGGACAGACAGAAAUCAACACACUGAAGGCAGCAUUCGAGACGCUCAAGCAACAAAUUGAAAGCGUUGGAAACUCUCACAUCCAACUGGCAGUGAUGCUGAAGGAUGAGCUGAAAGGCAUAGAGGAAUUCCGAGAAAGGCAGAAGGAGCAAAGAAAAAAGUACGAGUCUGCGAUGGAGCGCGUGCAGAAGAGCAAACUGUCCCACUACAAGAAAACGAUGGAGUCCAAGAAGACCUACGAGCAGAAGUGCAGGGAGGCGGACGAGGCGGAGCAGUCCUUUGAACGCACCAGCGCUUCAGGCAACCAAAAGCAAACAGAAAAGAGUCAGAACAAAGCCAAGCAAUGCAGAGAUGCAGCAAAUGAAGCAGAGAACGUGUACAAACAGAACAUCGAGCAGCUGGAUAAGGUCAGGACAGAGUGGGAACAGGAACACAUCAAAACCUGCGAGGUGUUCCAGCUGCAGGAGUGCGACCGCAUCACCAUCCUGCGGAACUCGCUGUGGGUGCACUGCAAUCAGCUCUCCCUGCAGUGCGUGAAGGACGACGAGCUAUACGAAGAGGUUCGGGUCAGCCUGGAGAACUGCGUGGUAGAGUCAGACAUAGACUACUUCAUUAAGACCAAAAUGACAGGAACACAACCUCCAGAUGCCAUAGGCUACGAGAACUACUACAGCAGAGAGCCCAACAGACGCAACAGCAGCCCAACCCAGUCCUGUGGGAUGAUGAAGAGAUUCUCGGGACUACUGCAUGGGAGCAGCAAAAACCACACGGAAAUUGCCACUCCUUCAGCCCCUCCUCUGGCAGAGAGAACAGACGGAGUCUACGCUUCCAUUUUUGUAAAUGAAGAGGCUGGGAUCACAUCAUCACAGGACUACAGAGUGCUUUAUGACUACACAGCCCAGAACACGGAUGAACUGGACAUCAGCGAAGGAGACGUUGUAGUGGUCAUUGAAGAAAACGAGGAUGGCUGGUGGACAGCAGAAAGGAACGGGCAGCGAGGCUUUGUGCCAGGCUCUUAUCUUGAAAAGCUUUGAUGAAAAGAAGCCCCAGCCCUCAGACUUUAAAAACAUUCUAGUACUGAAAACACCCUGCACACAAGGUCUGCUUCAGCUGACCAAGGGCAUCCCAUAAUACUGUUUUCUACAACUACCAGUCAGGAAAUAACCAACUGACCGUGCUCUCCUCUUCCUUGCUCCUACCCCAUUCCAGCAUCUCCUGGCCUGUGCUGUCUGCAAAAUCCAUCUUCAGCCCUGAGAGAUCAGGACUCGCUUUUCUUAGCCUGGUUCUGCCCCCCUCAGCACACUGUCCUGCCAGCAGUGUCACACAGCUCAGCGAGCCUGGGAGGAAAAUCCUGCUCACACCUUCACUGCACCAAAGGAAAAAGGGGAUGGAGCCAAGUGCAGUUUCUGCAGGAUGGAGGACUGUCCCCAGCCAGCCUGGGAGCCACCCCCAUGGCCACAGCAGCCACGGAUCCCCUUCUCUCCCUGCACAGGUCGUGCUGGCAUUUUUGACAGUGCACUGACUUCUUCAUCAGGGUCGCUGAUGACCACAAGAAAAUCAGUGAAUGCAGCUAGAGAGGAGCACCUGAAGGACAGAGGCACAUCUGUAGUAAGGAAACUUCAGGCACUCCCCCAUCACAGCUAUCUCCUAACACAGUGAAAUCCACACUCCCCAUGGCUCUGCUUUGCACUGCAUUCUGGACAGAUGAUAAGCCCAAGGCCUUGGUUGAGGGUUUCCCUAACACCUCUCUGGGAUUUUCCAGUUUAAAACCCCAACAACACAAACAACAGAUAAGCCAAACCUCCAGCAGUGCUGCAUUGCCCCGACCCCUCUCUGAGCACCAGAGGAUUGCCAGUUACCUCCUCACACAAUCUGCAUCCCAGUGUCAUCAGGGCAUCCUCCCUUCCACCUGGCUCAGCCUCUCCUCUCCUGCUCAAAGGCUUCUUUGUCUCCUACUGCUCUCUCCAGCCUCUGCAUCCCUGGGAUUGCUGGCACUGUCACAUCCUGGCUCCUUGCCAGGCACUUUGUUCUUCAACAAUCCCUCUUCCCAGAAGUCACACUGUGCAGGUAUUUCACAGAUUUCAGCUCUAUCAGUCUUUCUAGUUCAGUAUUUAAGAAUGUCACUGUGCUUACCGAGGGAUUGAUGGAUGGUUUCUGCCACUCUUCCCUUUUCAGUAUUUCAAGAUAGUUAAAAAAAAAUAAAAGUAAUUGAUUUAAUCUGAAUCAGAGUGAAGUGUUUCUGGGGGCAGAACGACCCUCUUUGCCAAGGUUU